AUGCUCGUAAACCCAUGGCUCUACCGCCCCCAAUGGUAUUACAACAACGUCUACCCAGCUUACCCAGUAAUACCUCCCUUUGCUCCAAUCGCCCCUGUUGCUCCAGUCGCAUCUGUUGCGCCGAUCGCCCCGGUCUAUCCUGCCACCCGACCCGUCCCGAUCAAUCAGCCAGUCAUACAAGAGACUGUGGCGUACCAAGACCGCCAGCCUUCUUAUAACCAUACAACCGUUGUGGUCAAGCCCGGGUCUGGCCAUAGGAAGACAGUGUCAUUCGGUGGCGUUGGCGGUGGAAAGUAUCAUGGCCAGGGGCAGUAUGGUAAGGGUGGAGGGUCGUAUGGACACGGACAUGGACAUGGACAACGGAACUCGUACUCCGAGAAUGGAAAAGGGAGGAGGGCCGCCAGCAGCUAUACGGCUGGAAAGUGA